AUGACGAAUAUACCGUAUCCAACGCCAAAGCAUGCCAUGAACUAUAGUUAUGGCGAAAAUGAAUCUAAUAAAAAUUUUACAAAAAAAUAUGUAUAUAUUCCUUUAUCCGUUGCAUAUUUGAUAAAAUUGUGCAAAACCACCAUAAUUAAGAUAUUGUCAAUUAUUAAUAUGUUAUAUCUAUGCAUUUUUUUAAUAUGGACUACAAACAGUUUCAACUAUAAAGAGAAUUAUUAUGGUAAACAAAAAAAUUCCUAUUCAAUGGUUUACAGAAGAUUAUUAUCUGACGCCAAUUUAAUAGUGCUAGGAAAUAACCCUGUAAUUAAUUCAAUAUUAGAUAAUAAUAGCGAUAAUGAAAAUUUACUCUUAGUGCCUUUUUUAAAACCACCUCGAAAUGCCUCUCGAAGGUCACAUUUAAAGGCCCAUCAAAAUGAAUCUAUUAAGGUAACUCCAAGGGAGCAUCAUAAUAAAUCCCCAAAUGGACUAAUUAAAGUACCUCCAAAAGCUAAUCCAGGGAAUCCUCCAAAUAGGGAUCUAACUAAAUCUCCCAAUGGAUUUAUUAAAGUUCCCCCGAAAGUUACUCAAGGAAAUCCUCCAAACAGAGAUUUAACUAAAUCUCCAAGUAGGGAUUUAACUAAAUCUCCAAACAGAGAUUUAACUAAAUCGCCAAGUAGGGAUUUAACUAAAUCUCCAAACAGAGAUUUAACUAAAUCGCCAAGUAGGGAUUUAACUAAAUCUCCAAGUAGGGAUCUAAAUGAACUUCCAGAGGGAUUUAUUAAAGUGCCCCAAAGAAGGGAUCUAAAUGGAUAUACAAAACUGAAUAAAAAUGAGAAUACAGAGCUAAUUUCAAGUAUUCCUAAAGAAAUACUUCAAAAGGCUCCACCUAAUACGCGUAUUUAUAUUCGUAAACUACCCCCAUCACAAUUAAACCCUCACUUAUCUGGAAAUGUUCCUGAAAAUUUAAAAUCAACUGCAUACAGCAAGACAAGUUUAUAUGAUUCCAUGAAAAGGGAGAUUCCUCCUACGGGCCCACCUAAUUCUUCAAUCAUUAAAGGUGAAGGAAAUAUGCCAAAAAAUAUGCGGAAAAGUAAUAAUGGUGAUAAAGGGAAUAAUAGCAUGCCUAAUAGUAAUUCUGGAGAUGGAUCAUUAUUAAAGAUGGUAAAAGGGGUAGAGUAUUAUACCAAAUCAUUUACAGAUUCAUUUCGUAAUAAUUUAAAUGGAGUUGAAUUUAAGGAGAACCAUGCAUUGGAUAUUAUUGAAAAAAAUGUUACCAGUGGUGUUAAAAUCGCAAAUAGUUCAAUGAAAAAAGGCAUGAAUGCAUUAAAAGAAAAUACUACAGAAACGUUAAAAGCAAUUGAUACCGACGUCAAGCCAUGUAUAAACAAUCUUAAAGAUUCAAUAAUACAUAACGUAGAAGCUGUAAAAUCAGGGGAAAUAACUAUUUCAGAUAUUAAAGAUUCGGUUAUUGAAACAAUAAAUAAUAAUAUUGAAAAUACUGUUAAGCCUAAAACCGAACAAAUAAAAAGUGAGGUAUCGAAUAAAAUUGACCAUAUUUCUACGGAAUUAAAAACACAGGUAUAUGAUAUUAAAGAUAAUAUUAAAGACGGUGUGCACACUAUUGGUACUGAGAUCAUUCCCCAAAUUGGGCAUACUAUUAAAGAUACUGUUGGAGAUACAAUAGAGGAUAUAGCUACUGGUAUUGAAAAAUCAUCUGAUGUAGUUAAAGAAAAAGUAAUUGAAACUAUUUGUAAGACUGAUAUUGUCCCCGCCCCCAUAAAAGAAGUCGUUAAGAUGUCAACUGAUAAAAAUGUUACUUCAAUCGUGGCAAAAAGUGUAAAAAAUGGAAAGCCUCCUAAUGGUAUAAAAACAUUUUUUAAAAACCAUUUUAGGCGUAUAAAAUUAGGGUGUUCGUUCGGUGUAUCCAUUUUAAUGGCACUUGGAGCAUUGAUUAAUCUAAUAAUAGGUCAGACGGUUAUAUCAAUAGCCUUUUUAGUAAUAGCAUUAUUAAGUUUAUAUUAUUUUAUAUAUAUAAUAUACUUGAAAGAUACAAAACUUUUCAAAUGGAUCAGAUCUUUGAGGAAAAAGAAGCCAAUUAAAUUUCCAAAGAAAAAAAAAAAUGUAAAAAAACAAAAAUGA